AUGAUCGUUUAUAAAGAAGUGUUCUUAAGCAUCACCGAUGGACUGAUACUUCCCACGAAUGUUCUGCCAUGCAAAGUUCUAUUGGGUUUUUCAUUCUUCUUUUGUCAAUUGCCUGGAUGCAAAGCAGCAGCAACAACGAAUUGGACGGUAAAAAUAGAGCUUGCAUUGGAGUAUCAGCCAGACAAGUUGGCCUAUUGUCGCAGCCUUCAGAAACUUCAGCAGCAACAUCAUCGUAGAUCUCUUAGAAACACAAACUGUGCUCAAUUAUUACAGAAUGACCUCUCGGUGUCAGGUGAACUACUGUUCGACACUCAGCCACGUUGCUGCUUGGGUCAAGAACUUUAUGGUGGACAUUGUCGCAAGCGGGUCUAGCCAAAUCAAGUUGCAUGUAACUUUUUUGAUGGUUUAUGUUGUUAUUCGUUAAGCUACUUAUCUACAAAUAAAGGGAAUUUAAAAAUCAUAUUAUAUUGAAAAUCCUAUUGGAUUUGCAUUUAAAUCAUAGCUCGCAAAUAACUGUUGCCACUUUUCCAUUGUCUGCAAAUAAGUGUCUUUCACUCACACAAUAAAAAAAACUCAGACAGAAACUGUUUUUGUCGCGACUGACUUAGCUCGCUCGCGCUCUGAUCGAGACAGUUAUAUCUGUUUUCG